AUGCAUAAAACGAUUUUGAUCCUUUUGAUAGUUGUAGCAGUGGCCACAGCUGGCUGGAUUGGUGGUGGCGGCGGUGGCGGAAGCGGAUAUGGAGGUGGUGGCGGUGGAGGAAAAAGCCGUGGAUGGUCAAGUGGUGGCGGUGGUGGAGGAAGUGGUUGGAGCAAAGGUGGUGGAGGUGGAGGUGGAGGCUGGAACCUAGGUGGUGGUUCUCUUGGAGGAUUAAAACUUGGAGGUGGUGGUGGUGGCUGGAACUUGGGUGGAUUGAAACUGGGUGGAGGUGGUGGCGGAGGAAGAAGUCAUGGCGGUGGCGGAGGAGGCUGGCAAGGAACCUCUGGCGGCGGUGGUGGCUGGUCAAAGGGAGGAGGAGGUGGUGGAUGGUCUAAGGGAGGUGGAGGCGGUGGCUGGUCACAAGGAGGUGGUGGUGGCGGAUGGUCUCAAGGUGGUGGUGGUGGAUGGAAGCAGAGUGGUGGAGGUGGAUCUGGCUGGCAAUCUGGUGGUGGUGGUGGCGGCGGCCGAGGAUGGUCAAGUGGUGGCGGAGGAGGAGGUUGGAAAAAAGGUGGAGGAGGAGGUGGAGGUGGAUGGAAACAAAGUGGUGGCUAUGGAAGCUGGUAA